AUGGGAAAGGGUGGGAUAGGGGAAGGGAAUGGGCGAGGGAUUGGGGAAGGGUGGGUGGGAAGGGAAUGGGAAAGGGUGGGAAAGGGGAAGGGUGGGAAGGGAAUGGGCGAGGGAUUGGGGAAGGAUGGGAAGGGAAUGGGAAAGGGUGGGAGGGGAUGGGAAGGGAAUGGGGGAGGGAUAGGGAAAGGGUGGGAUGGGAAGGGAAUGGGUGGGAUGGGAAGGGAAUGGGGAGGGGUGGGAUUGGAAGGGAUUGGGGAAGGGUUGGAUGGGGAAGAGGUGUGGAAUGGGAGUCUUUGGGAAGCGUUAAAUGGUGGAGAAUCCGAUAUUUGA